UUCGAUGUACUUCUCGCACAUCCUUGAUCUCUGCAAGCAACUUGUUAUCACCCUCCUUUGAGUUCAUAUAUCACUACAAUUCUUAAUCAGCAUAUUGGCCUGAUCAGAGAUGUAAUUGGACACCAUCCCAAUUUACACUCCUAAUGGCUCAUAGCCUUCCAAAGCGUGGGCAAGCAUAAGCAAGGUAAUAAAGCCACUUCCUAAAUUCCCCGGCAACGGCAAGCUGGAGAGCCAGGCGGAUCGUCUUUCGAAAACAAUAAUAAAAAAGGAAAGAAUGACGAAAGGGAAAAAGAAAGAGAGCUUCUCUCUCUUCUCCUUCUCAUAAUCUCAGGUGAGGUGGUGGAAUCAUUUUUAAUUGGAUAACAACCGCAAUAGACAGAGGCUAUCCGACGAGAAGAUAAAAAAGGCGCGAGUGGGAGACGAUGUCGUGCUCGUCGUCGUCGGGGUCGGGGGAGGAGGACGAGGGCAUCGACGCCUACAGGAAGGGCGGCUACCACGCAGUCCGGGUCGGCGACUCCUUCGGCGGCGGCCGCUACAUCGCCCAGCGCAAGCUCGGCUGGGGCCACUUCUCCACCGUCUGGCUCGCCUACGACACCCGAUGCCAAAGUUUUGUUGCUCUUAAGAUUCAAAAAAGUGCAAAAGAGUAUGCUCAAGCUGCUCUCCAUGAAAUCAAGCUUCUUUCAGCAAUUGCACAAGGAGAUCCAUCAAAUUCUAAAUGUGUCGUGCGUCUGCUUGAUCACUUCAAGCAUGCCGGCCCAAAUGGACAGCAUCAUUGUCUAGUAAUUGAACUCCUUGGGGACAGCUUGCUCCGGUUAAUCCGGUACAACCACAACAAAGGCAUUGGGCUGCAAAGAGUUAGAAGUAUAUGCAGAUCAAUCUUGGUGGGCCUUGAUUACUUGCACAGGAAACUUGGUAUAAUUCAUGCAGAUUUAAAACCAGAAAAUGUGCUCCUUAUCUCCACCAUUGAUCCUGCAAAAGACCCUGUACGGUCUGGAUUUACCCCGAUUCUUGAGAGGCCUGACGGAAACCCAAAUGGUGGGGCUGUGAUUAAUUUCUACAAGAAGAAGCUGAAGAUAAGGGCGAAGAGGGCAUUGUCAAAGCUCUCUCAAAGAAGAGGAUCCAUGGAAGGCCCUUUGGAAUGGGAGAGAAGUUUGGAAGGGAUAGAUAUGAGGUGCAAGAUUGUGGAUUUCGGAAAUGCUUGUUGGGCUGAUAAGCAACUUACAAAUGAUAUCCAGACAAGGCAAUAUAGGGCCCCUGAGGUUAUUCUUGGAGCUGGAUACUCUUUCUCAGUUGAUAUGUGGUCUUUUGCUUGCAUAGCUUUUGAGCUUGCUACUGGUGACAUGCUGUUUGCUCCUAAGGAUGGAUACAGGUUUGGUGAAGAUGAGGAUCACUUGGCUCUGAUGAUGGAACUUCUAGGAAAAAUGCCAAGAAAGAUUGCUAUUGGAGGAUCUCGAUCAAAGGACUUCUUUGAUCGAUAUGGAGACCUGAAGAGGAUCCGUAGGCUGAAGUUCUGGCCACUGGAUCGGCUUCUGGCUGAGAAAUACAAAUUUACUGCGUCUGAUGCCCGUGCAUUCGCAAAUUUUCUGAACCCUCUACUGGAUUUUGCUCCAGAGAGGCGGCCAACAGCAGCACAGUGUCUGCAACACCUGUGGCUCAAUGAAGCAGAAUAAGCUGGUGUAUCAGAAGUGGAAAGCAGCACAAAAAAUCUGUGAAUUAAAAAUGGACAGGUGAUAAGGUUUUCACACAUGCCAGCCACCAAAAUCACCCUCCUUCUGAAUAUAUGUGAUUUUCCAGAUUCUUUUACCUCAUAGAAUUUCAAUAAUCUCAUUUUAUUGAUUGAGUGUGAAAUAUUGAAGUCUGUAUGGAGGAUGUAGCUUUAGGUCAGUUUUUAAGUUCUCCAAGUGACAUCCUUCAACAGCAUAAAGUGAUCUUUUGUAUAGAUGUAUUCCCUAAAGAUUCAUAUUCUUCUGCGAGAGAGAAGUAUGGUAUUGGAUUCAAGAUGUUCAAUUAUGGUAUUGUAUUAGCUAAAGAUUCAACACCAUAAAGUGAUCUUCGGCAUAGAAAA